AUGAAAGGCGACAUCCUGAUGAAUAUGAGGACAGAGUGGGGAAAGAAAGACAAAGAAACAAAAGACAUUGUGAGAAAGCUGAACCAGUUGAUGCCCAGAGUCACUUUCACAGAUAUAAUGACCACCACAAGUGCCAGGAACAGCAAGGCCACCAUAUUAAACCCAAAGGGUUCUUACUGCGUUGGAGACCCCUUGAUGGUUCGGCUAGAUUUGUACAACUACUUGGGGGAGAGAAAGAAGUACGGAGGAGACUUCUUACGAGUGAGGAUCUACUCUUCAAGCCUUGGGGCUGGAGCUUCGGGGCACAUCACAGACUAUAGGAAUGGGACAUACCUGGUCAAUUUCACUUUAUUUUGGGAGGGUGAUGUCAAAGUGUCCAUCUUGCUCAUCCACCCCAGUGAAGGAGUUUCUGCACUGUGGGCUGCGAGGAAGAGAGGCUACGGCAAAAUAGAUUUCAGGGGCAUGUUUCUGAACAGGACCUCACUCGUCUCCACUAAGUGUGGUUUUGUCAGAAGCACAACUGCAGAUCUGUGUGAGUAUCUGGAUGAACGAGACCAGGAAGCCUUCUACUGUGUGAAACCCAAGAGAGUGCCGUGUGAAGCUCUUGUGAAUCUUCAGUCUGUAGAAACACACAAAUCCUACCUCACAGACUUGGAACGAAGACUUUUUAAGAGGAACAACGUUGGAGCUGAGAUCCUGCAUCCAUUUGUGGGCAUUCAUGUUGUAUCCUGUGGAAGGAAGAAGACAAUGGCUAACAUGAACUGCAGAGUCGGGAUGACUUCCCCGUCUCCCAGUGGCUUUGUUUGGCAGAACCAAUGGCAUCCUGCUUUCUGCAACGUGCUCAAUGGCAGCACCUUGGAUAAUGUUUACUCUUGCUUACAGGGAAAGCAGGUUUUCCUCCUGGGAGACUCAACUGUGUGGCAAUGGAUCGAGUAUCUCUCCAAAAGAGUGAGCACGCUUUCGUACCUUGAUACCCAAGGACAGAGAAUAAUCCAGAGUUCUGUCGUUGUGGACAUGACCAAAAACAUUACAAUCCAUUGGAGAAGGCAUGGCCAUCCGUUUAUCUCUUUCCGUAUGUACUCAUUGAAAUCCCACACUUACAUUGCUCGAGUAAUUGACAUGGUGGAAGGUGACAGAGACACGGUGGUUGCCAUCUCCUUGGGCCAGCACUUCCGCCCCUUCCCCAUUGAGCUCUUCAUUCGAAGGAUGAUUAACAUCCGGGGAGCCAUCCAGCGCCUUCUCCUGAGGAGCCCAGAUACAAAGGUCAUCAUCAAAGCAGAGAACACCCGGGAGAUGUCAAUAGACCAGGAGCGAUUUGGGGACUUCCACGGCUAUACCCAAUACCUUGCAACAAAGGAUAUUUUCCGGCAUCUUCAUGUUGGUUUCAUUGAUGCCUGGGACAUGGCAAUUGCCUACAAAGCUCACCAGGUUCACCCUCCAGAAGACGUGGUCUGGAAUCAAAUUGUUAUGUUUCUAACUCAUAUAUGUUAACACACUAAAGCACAGCUAGUGCGCAAA